AUGACAGAGCUGCAAAUCCAGGAGUCCCAAGCAACGUUUACUCAGGGAGAAAGUAUUCGCCGGCUCACGAUUGUCAACAUGAUAUACCUGCCGGCCACGUUCAUUGCCGUCAGUAUACGAAUCCACAGCCCUCCCGUUGAGUUUAUUGAAGCUAACCUCGGCGAGCAGACCGUGUUUGGCAUGCAGGUCGCAGAAAACAGCGACAGCAGCCCAUGGCACAUCUGGAGCUUUGUCAUAGUCUCUCUUGCCUUCACUAUCCUCACUCUGGGCCCCGCUGCCUACAGGUUUGAGAAAAGACGCUCGGGGAGGGCUGCCGGGAACGAGACUGAGGCAUCUUGGCUCUCUAAAGCCUGCCGGGCCAUCUUCCCCUACAGGGCCGUGAGAGUCGGCGUUGUCAAGUCACUUCAGCAACCACCUUCAGAGGUGUGA